AUAUAUUAUAUAUGAGGACAAUCAGGCUCCAACCAAGAAAGUUCACAUCAAUAUUUCAAAAUAAAACUAAAGAUUCCAGCUCUUGAUGUGAUUCCAAUAGGAUCAUUACUAGGAAAAAACUAGAUGUCAACAUCUUGAAAAUUCCAAUCGUCGGCUCCUUCAAAUUCCUCUCCAUCAUAUAUCCAAUACCAAUCAUGGCUUUUUCUCUAACCAAACCUUCAAAGUCACUCUCUUUCAAGAAUGGCAACAGCACAUCAGACUCAAAAGCUUGAUAAUAUUUUUCUAUUGCUUUUCUGCAUAUUUUCCCCGCUGCCAAUCAUGUCAAAUUCUUUCUUCACAUGUAAGGAUAUGGGCCCUGUAGUUCCCACAACACCCUUGAUUAUCUUUCUUGAACGCCUUCAAGAAACUGCUCUUUCCACUUUUGGAGAAAGAAACUUUGAUCCAAAACUUUAUGUUGAUUUGUCCUUAAAUUUCAAUCUCUCAACAACUGAGAAGGCCUUUAAUGGGCUCCCAAGGAAUGAAAAUGGGACGGUUUCCAUUAAGGACUUGGAGGAGUUUUUAGCAAUGUAUUUUCAGGAUGCAGGGAAGGAUUUGGUGUAUUAUGACCCACCUGAUUUUCUGCCAGAGCCUGAUGGGUUCUUGCCUAAGGUCAAGAAUCCGGAGGUGAAGGCAUGGGCUCUGGAGGUUCAUUCUUUAUGGAAGAAUUUGAGUAGAAAACUCUCGGACGAAGUCAGGAAGCAACCCGAAUUGCAUACUAUGCUUCCCUUGCGAGCGCCUGUAAUCGUGCCGGGCUCACGUUUUAGAGAAGUUUAUUAUUGGGAUUCCUAUUGGACGAUCAGGGGUUUGCUGGCAAGUAAAAUGUAUGACACUGCAAAAGCAAUUGUGACCAAUCUUCUUUCCCUUGUAAAUAUAUAUGGCUAUGCCCCCAAUGGAUCAAGGGUCUAUUACACCAAUAGGAGCCAGCCUCCACUCCUGAGUGCGAUGGUUUAUGAGAUAUAUAAUAGGACUGGUGAUGUGGAAUUGGCUAAAAAGGCACUGCCUGAAUUGCUGAAGGAACAUCGAUUUUGGAAUUCGGAAGUGCAUAAAGUUACCAUCCAGGAUGCUCAAGGCAGAAAUCACACACUAAGUCGGUAUUAUGCAAUGUGGAAUAAACCCAGGCCUGAAUCUGCAACCAUAGACAAGAAAUCUGCUUCCAAGUUCUCGAAAAUCUCUGAUAAACAGCAAUUUUACCGAGAACUGGCUUCUGCUGCUGAAUCUGGAUGGGAUUUCAGUACAAGAUGGAUGAGGAAUUCUUCAGAAUUUACAACUUUGGCUACAACAUCAGUUGUACCUGUCGAUUUAAAUGUCUUUAUACUCAAGAUGGAACUAGGCAUUGCCUUCUUGGCUAAAGAAACUGGAGAUGAAAGCAUUGCGGAGAGCUUCUUGGAAGCUUCCCAAGCAAGAAAGAGGGCAAUCAACUCUGUUUUCUGGAAUGAAAAGAUGGGACAGUGGCUGGACUACUGGCUCAUUACAGGCACCACAUGUCAGGUAUCUCAAACAUGGAACGCUUGUAACCAGAAUCAGAAUGUGUUUGCUUCAAACUUUUCUCCUUUGUGGAUUGAUCUGCUCAAUUCAGAUACUGAUUUGGUGGAGAGUGUCAUGAGAAGUCUUCAAAGUUCAGGCUUGAUUUGUGCUGCUGGAAUUGCCACUUCUUUAACAAAUUCAGGACAACAAUGGGACUUUCCAAAUGGUUGGGCUCCACUUCAGCACAUUAUAGUUGAAGGUCUGGCAAGAUCUGGAUCACAAGAAGCAAGGUCUUUGGCAGAAGACAUAGCUGCUAGAUGGAUCAGAACAAACUAUGUCGGAUACAAGAAAACGGGUGCAAUGCAUGAAAAAUACAAUGUAGAGAAGUGCGGAGAAUUUGGAGGUGGUGGUGAAUAUGUACCACAGACUGGCUUUGGUUGGUCAAAUGGAGUUGUAUUGACAUUUUUGGAGGAGUUUGGAUGGCCUCAAGAUCAGAGGAUAGAUUGCUGAUUUGCUAGGAGAUUACAUUACCAGAUUUGUAUCAUUUUCUGGGCUAAAUUGCUGAAAGAUUAUUAAAAAAAAGGAAAAAAAAAAAA